AUGAAUCUUCGACAACUAAAAACACUAAGUCGCAGCCAUGCUGUCGGCAGACUCGCUCAUGUCUCGAACCGCGCAUAUACUCGUCCCUCGAUAGCCCCCAAACCGACAGUCGACAUUAGACAUAUCCGCAAUGCCCCCGGUCUAUACGAGCAAAACUGCAUAGCCCGCAACUACAAGCAGCAGUCAAAAAACUCAUGGCGCAUCCUUGAGCUACACGACAAGCUGCAACUGCAGCAGCGACAUUCGAGAAACUUGCGCGAACGCAACAACAUCUUGCGACGUCAACUGGCAAACCCGGCAACAAGACAGGACCCUGAUCUGCUGGAACAGGCAAAGCAGCUGAAGGCCGAGCUCGCUGAGAUCGAUGCUCAAGACAAGCAGAUGAACGAUGAAAUUGAAGAGCUGGCCCUGGCACUACCCAACUUGAGCAGUCUAGAGACUCCAGAAGGUGACGUGCCCUCCAUCAAGGAAUACAUCAACGAGCAUCCCGAUCGCAACCCUUCACCCACCGAUCGCGUCUGGCGCAACCAUGUCCAUGUCGGCUCCGAGCUCGACAUGCUGGACUUUACCGCCUCGGCCACAACUUCAGGCUGGGGCUGGUACUUCCUCAAAAACGAAGCCGCCCUGCUCGAACAAGCUCUCAUCCAAUACGCUCUCAGCAUUGCCAUGAAACGCGGCUGGAAAGUCGUUUCUCCUCCCUCAAUCGUCUACUCUCACAUCGCUCACGCCUGCGGCUUCCAACCUCGCGACCAAAACGACGAACAACAAAUCUACGCCAUCACCCAGCCAGAAAAAGACAAGAACAAGCCUAGACUCUGCCUAGCAGGAACAGCCGAGAUCCCUUUCGCAGGCAUGAAAGCAAACACAGUCGUCGAAGAAGCAGACCUGCCCCUAAAAAUCAUCGGUGCAUCCCGCUGCUACAGAGCCGAAGCCGGCGCCAGAGGCAUCGACACAAAAGGCCUCUACCGCGUCCACGAAUUCACAAAAGUAGAAAUGUUCGCCUGGACGAUGCCCGACAACAUCGGCGACGACCAUUUCUCCGAGCCCACGCCUUCACCUUCAGAAUCCCUCUUUGACGAAAUGGUCUCCAUCCAGAAAGAAAUCCUCCAGAGUCUAGGUCUGCAUUGUCGAGUUUUGGAAAUGCCAACUACAGAAUUAGGCGCCUCGGCAACCCGCAAAAUCGAUAUCGAAGCUUUCUUCCCUUCGCGCAGGGAAAAAGACGAAGGGUGGGGUGAAGUGACUUCCGCAUCCAUCUGUACAGACUACCAAACCAGACGUCUAGCCACUCGCGUCAAGACUGAAAAGUUUGGCCGUAAGCACGAGUGGCCGCACACUGUCAACGGCACCGCCCUCGCAGUCCCCAGAGUGCUUGCUGCGAUUAUGGAAGCUGGAUGGGAGGAAAGCAGUAAGAGUAUGCUAAUUCCUGAAGUCCUGAGGCCUUUUAUGGGUGGAUUGGAGAGGAUUGAGAGAAAGAAUCGUGUUGAUAUUGAGGCUCAAGUAUAA